AUGUCUCGCUCACCAGCGCAGACAGACGCCCUUCAACAGCUAUGGGCUAUCACUGCAUCAGAGACAGAUGCUGCACGCGCACGCGAUGAGCGCAUCCUCCGUGAACACAAUUGGGACAUCCAGCGCGCAAUAGACCAGAUCUUUGGUGGCGGCGGCGGUACCGGUAGCACUGCGCCGACCGAUGCUGGCCCAUCGCGAAAGGAAGCUACUGAAGGCCUCGAAGAUGACCUCGCCCCCAUACCUCCACGGCCUGGGUCGCGCCGCAUCUCGGGACGGCGGCCUCGACCAGGCCAGGCAGGCCUCGGACUAUGGGACACUUUUGCAUGGCCGUUCUCCUUUAUUGCCUCCAUCCUUACCGGCGCGUGGUACUUCUUCAUCCGUACAUUUGUCCCUCUCUCGUUGCUACCUCAUCUCCCGCGCUUUCUCCUUCCCCCUCCUAGUCGAGCGCCACCAUCUGGGCCCAGAGACCCCGCCACAAACGCUCUCCGCUUCGUGCGCGAGCUCGAGGCGCUUACUGGCGCGUCGCCCGCAACUGCCUCCCUGCCAGACUUCUACAUCGGUUCUUAUCGCGAUUUCCUCUCCAACGUGCGCCGCGAGGGCCGUGUCGGUCUCAUAAUCCUCGUGAGCAGCGAGCAUGACGACGACUCCGAAUUUAAGCGCGACGUCCUCGCCGACCCAGACCUCACUAAGGCGCUCAAGGAGCAUGACAUCGCCGUCUGGGCUGCCGACAUCUCCACUCGCGAGGGAUUCAUGGUUUCCGAGACCCUCCAAGUGACUACUUAUCCGUCGCUUACAUUUGUUUCGCUUCUCCCGACCUCCUCGGCAACAGGCGGUGGCGGCACGCCGCGCCUGACGAUCCUCACGACACUGCAGGGCCCGCCCUCCACAACCACAUCCACCUCUGCAAUCCUCCAGACACUGACGACCGCAGUGCUGCCCCGUACCACAACCUUCCUCGCACGCCUGCGCCGUGAGCGCCUUGCGCUCGAGGAAACGCGUCACCUGCGGGAGGAACAGGACCGCGCUCUCCGUGAGGCGGAGCGCAAGGACCGCGAAAGACUACACGCCGCGCGUGCUCAGGCCGAGCUCGAGCGCGUGCAGCGCGAGCGCGCCGAGCGCGAGAAGGAGCUUAAGGAGAAGGCGGUUGCCGAUCGGAGAGAGUGGCGCCGCUACGCGCGCAAACACCUGCUUCCUCCCAAUGCUGGGCCGACGCGGGUGGCGCUGCGCACGCCACUCAACUCCGACCGCAACGUGCGGCAGUUCACGCCGGGCCCAUCUACGCUUCCGCUCUUUAUUUACGCCGAGACGCUGCUUAUCCCGCCCGAGGAUGAUCCCGCAAGGGACCCAGACUCCCCGCCCGAGGGAUACGAGCACGCUUGGGGCUUCCGACUCGUGACGUCGUUCCCGCGCCGCGAGAUCGAGCUCGUCGAGACUGGCGGCGAGCCGAUAUGGGAGCAGAUCAAGAGUGCUGGCGGCGCGCUCUUCGCGGAGAAGUUUGAGGGGAGCGGAUGGUGCGAGAGUGAGCGCGCGAGCCUGGCCGGCGAGAGCAGCGACGAGGAGAUACUCUCCGACUCGGACUAGAGGAGCUCGCGCAGAGCCAAUGCAUAUGACAUAGAAGAUGCAUCUAUAGGGUUACUCCGAGUCGCUCUCGUCGAGCUUGACGCGGCCCUCGUCCUCGCUGCCCCAGCGCGCACGGUCCCGCUCCUCGCGCGUGUACUUGGACAUGUCGACGGCCUCGCCAUCCUCGUAC